CAGCCCAGUCCUUCUUUUUUUGACUUUUCGUCAAGUCCAUUCCUUCUUUUUAUACGUUCCUUUUCAAGAUGCUCAAGUCAGCACUCCUUCUGUCCCUGGCUGGACUUUCUACGUUCACCACCGCCGCUCCUUUCAAGCGUGGUGCUUCCGGAAAGCGUGGAGUAGCCUUCAACGAUGCCUCGGUGACGAAGCUCUUUCCCACCAACGGCCAAUUCUCCUGGUGCUACAACUGGGAGGCCACCCCCAAGGGAGGCGUUGCCGAUGGCCUGGAAUACGUGCCCAUGCUGCACUCUACCGAGGAUGUCUUCACUUCCGGCUGGGAUGCCUUCGUCGAUGAGGCCGUCGGGAACGGUGCGAAGCACCUUCUGAGUUUCAACGAGCCGGAUCAGUGCGGCGGUGGAGGGACCUGCAUGAACGACGUCGGCACUGCUGUAGCGGCGCACAAGCAAUGGGUGCAGCCCAUGGCUGAGAAGCACCCCAACGUCAAGAUCGGCGCUCCUGCCGUCACCAAUGGCGGUGCUCCUAUGGGCCUUGCCUACCUCAAGUCCUUCCUCCAGCAAUGCGAUGGCUGCAAGAUCGACUUUGCGGUUGCGCAUUGGUAUUCGCCCGGCGACGUCCAGGGCUUCAAGGACUACCUUAACAAGUUCCAUGACGAGGUUAACAUGCCGGUCUGGGUGACUGAGUUCGCACCCACCAGCGGUGAUAUCGAGGGCUUCGUGAAGGAGGUCACGGCCUGGAUGGACGGCCAGGAUUGGAUUGAGCGCUAUGCCUAUCACAUGGCUGCGCCUGGUGUGCUGGUUGACGGUGGCAGCACAGGAUUGUCGGCGCUUGGUAACGUGUAUGCUUCCGCAUAAGCGGCGUGCAGCCGUAGCGAAGACGGAUGAGAUGGGAGGAAAGUGAGACGAGGUCGUGAUGCUGUUCGCAUGCUUUUUGUCAUUUGCUGCGGGCCUUGGCUUCUUGUUGAUACCUUUGCAUUGCCAAAACUUGUUUCCCGUUCAUACUUUGCGGAUCCUCUGUCGUGCCAUGACGCUGUCAUACUCACUCCAGCAACGUAGAGCGGGAAGAGCACCCGGGAGCCG